GGUACAAAUUCUUGUGUAAGGACUAGUAACAUGUUUUUCUAUGUAUGUUUUUAUAAAAUGUAAUGGUUAUGAUUUGUGAUCUUAUUAUAGCUUUGUUGUUGCUUGGUAGACUUUUUUUUUUGUCUACCAAGCCAAAAAAAAGUCUGUGACAAAUGAACCUGGUUAAUUAAACAACACGAAGUUUUAAUGGUAUAAAUGUCUCCAUGUUGUGGACAAACAUGGUCUGAGCAAAACUUUGAAGCCUUUUCUGGACUGUCUUGACUUGGGGCUUUUCAAACGUAGGCAGAUGAAACUCGUUAAUUUGUGCUGCAGUUUCAUCGGCGGGUGUCCUCGCUGGAUUCCGGGGCAGGAACAGCACUUCCUGUGCUGCGGCGACACUCUUGGGAAAAGUUCACAGUCCCUCUGCGUCCCUGCAUCAUGGACAGGACGGCCGCGUCGCCGACCCGCACGGUUUCCCCUCUGCCGCAGUUCAACAUCUCGACCUCCACGUUGGCCUUCGACCAGCAUUUCACCACAAACGCCAAAGGGAUACUUCUUCAGGCGGAGAUACUGAGUGGCAUGUUGGUCUGGAUCCUGAUUGGCGGCACCGAUUACUUCCGCCUGUCGGCUCUUUGCUGGGUGAUGUUUGUGUCCAUCCUGCUUUGGAUUCUGACCAUUUGCCUGUUCAUAAUUUAUCUCACCGGAGUCCACAGCAGGAUACCGCAGAUCCCCUGGACAACACUGUCGCUGUGUUUCAACUGCGCUGCUGCUGCUCUGUAUCUGGCGACAGCCGUGGUCGAGGCUGUCUGUGUGGGCCAGGCCACCAGGGGGCGAUACAACUACAACUGUUGGGCAGCAUCAGCAUUCUUUGCAUGUCUGGCCACACUGUGCUACGCAGGAAGUGGCUACCUCAGUUACCGUUUAUGGAAAACCACAGAGGAAGAACAUUAAGGCCUCUUCAGACUAUCAGGCUUCCUGGUGCGUCAGCAGACGCUCAGAGAGGAGGAGUGGACAGUUUCUUUAUCAACCGACGCCGCCGACACCGUAGUUGAAGAAGUUCACUGGUAAACUAUAUCGACAUGAAGAAAAAAAAAAAACAAGAUUUAUGGAGGAAGACCGGAUUUUCAGUAUGUUUGCCGGUUUAUGCUUCACAAAAUGUUGUAGUAAAAAAAAAAUAAAAUCAUAAGUUUC